UUGCGCACGGGCCGGAUCGGCCUAAAUCACUUCCUAUACAAGAUCAGGGCGAGGGACUCAGACAGAUGCAGCUGCAACAGGGGGUCGCAGACCCCGAAACACGUUCUAUUCGACUGUGAGAGACUUCGCGGGCUCCAGCUCGAGCUCCGACAGAGGCUCAGGAAGCAGAGGGUGGCAGUCAACUGGGAUGACUUUGACGCGUUGGUAAGCGAGCCCGCCGCGGCUCGCUACGUCGCUGACUUUAUGAUCAAAACGGGGCUCUUGAACCAAUUCAACGAAGUCCCGCCAAUCACAGAGUAG